ACUAUGAGUGGAUUUCUUCUGAUGGGAUUUUCAGCCAAGCCUGAGUUAGAACUCUUCCUUGCUUCUCUGUUCUUAGUCUUGUAUAUGGUGGCGGUAACAGGCAAUAUCCUCAUUAUCACCACAACUUCCAUGGACAAUAGUCUGCAGUCACCUAUGUAUUUUUUCCUGAAACAUCUCUCCUUUCUGGAUCUGUGCUACAUUUCCGUGACUGUGCCAAGGUCCAUUUAUACAUCUUUCAUACACAGUGGCUACAUUUCCCUCGGGGAAUGCAUAAUGCAGUGUUUUGCUUUUACUCUCUGUGCUGAGGCUGAGCUGUCCAUGCUUACAGUGAUGUCCUAUGAUCGCUAUGUGGCCAUCUGCCUUCCACUGCGCUAUGAAAUCAUCAUGGAUGUCCGAACCUGUGUUCUAGGAGUCUUGAGUGUCUGGAUCAGUGGCAUCAUUUCUGGAACCAUGCACACAGCUGCCAUUUUCUCCAUGCACUUCUGUGGUUCCCAUAUUAUUCACCAGUUCUUCUGUGACAUCCCCCAGCUCCUAAAACUCUCUUGUUCUAAUGAGUUUAUCAGCGAUAUUGGAGUCAGUGCCUUCCUGUCUUUUGUCGCAUUUCUUUGUGUCGCCUUUAUUGGCCAUUCCUACAUCAAGAUAUUCUCUACUGUGCUGAGGAUGCCAUCUGCUGAGGGCAGAGCUAAGGCCUUUUCCACUUGCCUUCCCCACCUCGCUGUGGUCAUUUUAUUCAUUUCAACUGGCGUCUUUGAGUUUCUCAAGCCACCUUCUGACUCUGGACAUUUUGCACUGGACAUUUUGCUCACUAUUAUGUACACAGUUGUGCCCCCAACAUUCAACCCAAUGAUUUACAGCCUGCGAAAUCAAGCUAUGAAGGCAGCUCUAAGAAAGGUUUUCCAAAAAGGACAAGCCUGA